CCGACUUGCUAUAACCAAAACCAGACUGACUUCAAUUAAUUGUCUAUUAGAAACUCAACAUAUCGAUCAGUUCACAUUUAACAUUCAUAAGCAUGGACAUGAAGAAGAUUACCGUCGCCAGCAUUGUUGUUGUUGCCUUCGUAAGUCUUGUCAUGGCUGCUAAGGAUAUGCCCAAGGACGCACAUGCCCCCAAGAGCGCCCAUGCCCCCAAUGCUGCUCAUGCUCCCAAGGGCUCAACUUUCGUCCCAGCUUCGGCCCCUAGGGACUCGUCUCAUACCCCUGCCCCGGCCCCUUCAAGUGCCACAUCCACUAGCAGGUCCAUUAUAGAGUCUUUUGCUGGUGCAGCCCUUAUGUCUUUCUUUGCCUAUUAUGUGCAGAAUUAAGCUUUAUUUGAAAUUGAGUAGAAAAAAAGGUUACCUAGACUAAGAAUAAUGAGAUACAUGCGAGUAUUUACUCGAAAGAAAAUUGUAGUCUAGAGCAAUUUUGAGUAUUUAAUAACACCAACCACAUUGUCAUUACAAGCA